AUUUAUAGCAGAGUAGCUCCCCAACUCCAAUUUCAAAUCACUGGGCUCCACUCACUCAUCUCCCCUCAAUUCUUGCUUCUUCUCCUUGCUUCUUAUCACGACACUGCCUUGCCUUUUUUUCCUCCAUUGCCGCCGACUCACAUUGAAACUCCUACACAGUCCCCUUCUUCAAACCUUUCUUCUUUGUUUUUGCCUUUGUCUCACUCUCCUCUUCCAAAAACAAGUAAACCCCCUCAGCUCCACGCUUUAUUAACACUUCUCGUCUUGAUUCUGUGAGCUCUGUUUUCCAGAAAAAAAUAAAAAAUUAAGCCUUUGUUGCAUAAUCUUUCUGGGUUUUUGUUUAGCUUGAGCUCCUUCAAUUUGGGUACCCUUUAAAAGGCAAUGGACGAUAAUGGAUCUGCUCAUAGCUCUAUGUUUGGUGAUCUAUCAACAGAAGAGGUCACAAGCAAGAUCAUUCUCACAGCUAUCAUUGUUCUAUUCAUAGCGGUUCUCUUCGUCCUUAUCCUCCAUCUUUACGCCAAACUCUACUGGUGGAGAAUAGAUCAGCUCCAGCAACAGCAACAGCAGCAGCAACAAGAGCAAGAACAAGAAGAAGACCAAUCAUCAUCCACUGCUCCGCCUCUAAUCACUCGCCGCCAAAGACGCCGUUUCAUCUUUGUACCAGGCCAAGAUGCUCAAUCCAACACUGGACUUUCCGCUUUUGAACUCAGUUCCUUACCAAUUGUCUUUUUCAGACAAGAUAGUUGCAAAGAUGGUUUGGAAUGCUCUAUUUGCUUGUCUGAGCUUGUCAAAGGAGACAAAGCGAGGCUGCUUCCAAAGUGUAAUCACAGCUUCCAUGUUGAGUGUAUUGAUAUGUGGUUUCAGUCUCACUCUACUUGUCCCAUUUGUAGAAACACCGUUCUUGGUCCUGAGCAACCUAGCUCAAAGAGAGUUGAACAUGUUCCGGACAAUGCAGAUCAUGCUGGUAGCACCAAUAAUAACAACCAUGAUGCUUUGUCUCAAAUUUCAACUUCUUCUCCGGAAUUCCCCACCAAUGUCUUGGUAUGGGGUCGCCAAGAUCAGGUUAGUACCGGAAACACCAAUGUUGGGCCCCAAGAAGACAGUGCUGGUAAUGCUGCUUCUCAGAGCCAAGAAGCUGUUGUUCUGGAUAUCAAUGAUUCUUCCAUUAGAAGUCAAAAUGUAUCAUCAUCGUCUUCAUCAGUGAGGUAUAUUGUUGAGGAGGAAGAACCAAAAUCUCCAAUGACUACAAGGUUGAGGUCCUUGAGGAGGUUUCUAAGCAGAGACAAGAGAGUGGCUUGUAGCAAUAGUAGCACUAGUAGCAGCAGCUCCAAUGCUGUUACUUCUGUUGAUCCUUGAAGAUUGUUAAUUUGUUAUUAUUAGCUGAAGUAAGAUUGCCAAAAUGUCAAACUGUGUAUUGGUCUCGGCUCUUUAUUGGCUGUGUUUGAGAGCUUUUCUUUGUAAUUCAAGUAAAUCAUUUAUCUAUUCCACGGGAAACUGAAACUUAAAGCUUACACA